AAAUUAUUUACGAAAUAUUUUCUCUUUUAACCAUAUUAACAAACUGAAUACGGUAUUAUUUGUAAGAGAAUGGUCAAUUCCGCUUCAUCCGAACCAGGGUAUGCUCAAUUCUCAUUGCAACCAAAUUUUAAGCCAGUUGAUUCUCUUUUUGAGAAUAGAUUGAGACAAUUUAUUGAUAAUGGUGGUCAAUAUAGAGAAUUGAAUUUACCACACUUUUAUGAUAAAGACAGAGUUGAUACCAAUACUGAAUAUAUCAACAUUAAAGUGUAUCCAGUCCCAGACAUUGAUGGCAAAACUCAAAGACCCCUUUUUAAAGAUAUUAAUUUUAAAAAAAUUGAUUGGGAUGAUGCAAAUAAAGGGUAUUCAUUUGGACCAUCAUGGAAAACAUUUUGGUUUAAAGUUGAAUGGGAAAUCCCAGAGAAAUGGUUAACCGAAAAGGGAAAUGGGAAAGAUGAACAAGAGAUUCAUUUUGAAUGGGAUUGUGGUAAUGAAGGAUUACUCUACACUAGUGAUGGGCUCCCACUUCAAGCAUUUUCUGGUGGAGGGGAAAGAAUUAGAUAUAAUAUUCCUAAGGAAUAUCGUAUUAAGGGUAAACAAUUGUUCUAUUUGGAAACUGCUUGCAAUGGUAUGUUUGGAGUUGGAGACCAGGGUAAUCCUGAUCCAAAUAGAUAUUUUGGCCUUGAUAAAUGUGACCUUGUAUUACCAAAUGUUACGGCUAGGAAGUUGUAUUAUGAUUUUUGGAUCAUUUCAGAUGCUGCAAGGGAAUUUUCUGGUCAACAAUGGCAAAAAUGGACUGCUAAUCUGAUUUGUAAUGAAAUAAUGGACACAUUUGACCCAGAAGAUGUGAAAAGUUUAGAUAAAUGUCGUGAAAUUUCUAAGCGGUACUUGGGAAAAGACAUUGAUUCUGAUGAUGUAUUCCAUGUUGAAACUUUUAAAGGAAGAAUUGAUGUAUUUGGUGUUGGGAAUUGUCACAUUGAUACAGCCUGGUUAUGGCCAUUCGCAGAAACCAAGAGAAAAAUCGUUAGAUCUUGGACUACUCAAUUGAAAAUAGCUGAUGAAUAUCCAGAAUAUAUUUUUGUUGCUUCUCAAAUGCAGCAGUUUAAAUGGUUAAAGGAAUAUCAUCCUGAAAUUCUCAAGUUGGUUCAUGAGAAAUUUGCAGCCAAUCAAUUUUUACCAAUUGGGGGUUCUUGGGUUGAGAAUGAUACAAACUUACCCAAUGGUGAGUCUCUUAUCCGUCAGUUUGUAUUGGGUCAGAACUUUCAAUUAAAUGAAUUUGGUGUAAAGGCUGAUAUUUUUUGGUUACCUGAUACAUUUGGAUAUUCAUCUCAGAUCCCACAAAUUUGUCAAACAGUUGGAAUUGAAAAGUUUGUAACUCAAAAAUUGUCUUGGAAUAACAUCAAUCAAUUUCCAUUGAGUACUUUCAACUGGGUUGGAAUUGAUGGAUCUCAAGUUUUAGUUCAUAUGCCUCCAGCUAACACUUAUACCGCAGAUGCUAAUUUUGGGGAUGUAGUGAGAUCACAACAGCAACAUAAGAACUUAAGAGAUGUUCCCACUGGAUUAUUACUUUAUGGUAAAGGUGACGGAGGUGGUGGACCUACAGAAGAAAUGUUGGAGAAGUUACGUCGUUGUAGAGGUAUUGCAAACGAAAAUGGCUUGAUGCCUACUCUUCAAUUGGGAGUUACAGUGGAGGAUUUCUUUGACGAUGUAUUGGCAAAAUCUAAACAAGGAUCUUCGUUGCCAAGUUGGGUUGGUGAAAUCUACUUGGAAUUCCAUAGAGGUACUUACACAACUCAAGCAGAUAUUAAAAAGUAUAUGAGAAAGGGAGAGAUUAAAUUACAUGAUUUAGAAUGGAUUGCAACUUUACUCUCAUUACAAGAGAAAUUUGAUUACAAGUAUCCAAAGAAAGAAUUACAAGCCUUAUGGGAGGAUUUAUGUUUGUGCCAAUUCCACGAUGUUUUACCAGGUAGUUGUAUUGGAAUGGUAUACUACGAAGAAGCUAAGCCAAUGUUGAGAAAGUUAUUAUCGAAAGCCGAUGAUUUGAUUAAAGAAGCAUUGAAAGCUUUAAAGGUCGGGUCUGAAUCUAAUCAAACAUCUACAGGUUUAGAUAACUUGGCUUUUUUGAACACUUUACCAUGGACCAGACAUGAGGUUGUCAAGUUGACAAAAGACCAAGUUCCUGAAUUAUUUACCUAUGGAGAAUUGGAUUCCAAUUACUCUGGCUAUGCCAUUCAAAAGUUAAACGACUCGGUGUUAAUAUCUGUCAAUGUUGGAGCUGAUGAUGUAAAAAUUAACAAGUUAUCUGAUAUCAAGUACCAUGCCUCUGUAAAGGAUAAUAAAGAUGGAACAUUUAUUUUAUCCAAUGAAUUAAUCAAGGCUACCAUUACUAAGAAUGGUGUAAUUACUUCUUUAUUUGACACAGUGAACAAGAGAGAAGUUAUAGAUACAAGGUUAACCAAACAAACUGGAACUGGAAAAGACUCAUCAGUUGUUGGAGGAAAUCAAUUCGUUUUAUUUGACGAUGAACCUUUGAAUUUCCCAGCUUGGGAUACUGAAUUAUAUUCGUUAAAUAAAUUUAAAUUUUUAACGGGAGGUGAAAUCUCUAUAGCUGAAUCAGGUCCAUUGAAAUCUUCUUUAAUUGUUAAGCAUUCAAUUUCAGAGAAAUCAUAUAUCAAGACAGAAAUUUCAAUUGAAGGCCUUCUUGAUGCCACAUUUACUCAAAACAAUUAUGUUAAAUUUGUCAGUGAUGUAACUUGGCAUGAAACUUACAAGUUUUUAAAAGUACAAUUUCCAACCACUAUUCAUACUGCUCAACAGGCAAAUUAUGAAACUCAAUUUGGAAUUACUCAAAGACCGACUCACUUCAAUACUUCUUGGGAUGUAGCUAAAUUUGAAGUUUGUCAUCAUAAAUUUAUGGAUCUUUCUGAAUUCAAUUAUGGUGUAUCUAUUUUAAAUGAUUCAAAAUAUGGAGGUGCCAUUCAUGGGAAUUUAAUAAGAUUAUCAUUAUUGAGAUCACCAAAGGCUCCAGACGAAAAGGCUGAUAUGGGAGACCAUCAUUUUGAAUAUGCUAUCUAUCCACAUAAACACUAUCUAGGCUCAGAUACAGUUAAAUUGGGUUAUAACUUCAAUCAUAAGCUUGAACAUCAUACUUUGAAAUCUGACGAUUUAACUCUGUUUGGAAAAUUGAUUUCUCUAGAGAGUGAAAGUGAAAGCUUAAUUUUAUCACAAAUUAAACGAUCUGAACACGAUGAAGAUCUUUUGAUUUACGAUAACCUUGAGGCUAAAAACAAGGGCCAUAAAUCCUUUGUUAUUAGAGUUUAUGAAGCACUUGGUGGGUACUCACUGGGUACUUUAAAGGUUGAUCUAAACAAGUUACAGGUAACUACAGUUUACAAAACCAACUCUUUAGAGGAAGAAGAUUCGGAAAUUGAAAUUAACAAAGAUGGGGAAGUUGAAAUCGAAUUACGUGGGUUCGAAAUUGCAACCUAUAAGUUUGUUUUGAAAUGAUUAUAUUUUGUUUAUGUUAGUUUAUAUAUUUGUUUUGUCUUUACAAUUUUUUCUCUUUUAAAAGUGAAUAUGCAAU